UGGAAACAGUGAAAUCGAAUCCUCCAUCUGGAAUACCCCAAACUGAGAGUAUGGGUUCGGUACUCCCACAUCUGGUGAGGCUUUUCACCACUGACCACAGGUCAGGCUGCAGGGAUAUCUCCCUGCACCUCCUCUCCUGCCUCCUCCUCAGCCUGCUGCUGGGCUUUCUCCUCCUCCUGGGUCUCCUCUACUCCCUCCAGUACAGCCUGCAGGUCAGCGGAAUCAUCUCUGGCUGUACCGUCCUGCUCCUGACCUCGGCGCUCUUCGUCUCCCAGCGAGUGCGCUGCUUCGCACUCCUCUUCCUCGUCUCCUGCGCCCUCCAGCAGGGCCGGAACCUCCUCCUGGCUGCCGGCAUUGGCCUGGUGCUCCUGUGGAACGUCGGCAACACCUUCCGGAACCUCCAGAGCGUGGCCCAGAGCAUCGUGUGCAACCUUAAGACCCAGUUGCAAGUUCAGGAACUGCCCUCCUCGCCCUUGCAGACCCAAGUGAACAUGAUCCGGCGGACAUGCGACAGAAUGUCAAAUUUCUUUGAAUUGGGUGUCGUUUCGUUCAGUGUGGACACCAGAGUGGACGGCUAUGCCGAGUCAGACGAGGCUCGGGAGAAGCUCCAGGAGGCCACGCAGAUGCUGAACGCCACGGCAGAGAAGGCAGAGGCCAUCUACGACGCGGUGAGCUCCGUCGGAAGCAGGGUGACCCCGGGGAUCGGCGUCCUCGUCCUGGCCUUGAUGACCGUCCUGUUCCUCAAGAUGUGCAGACAAAACAAGAGGUUCCUGAACUCCUACAUCACCCCUGCGUUUGUGCGGUACGACGAGCAACAGAGGUCAGAGGGGAGGCCUCACGUCCUGCCGCUGACCAAGAAGGAGGCCAAGCGUUACCCGUCCGUCCCCUCUGCUCGGCCGACGCUCAGUGACGGGCAAAGUAUCCUGAUGUUCUUCCUCCCGGUGGUCGUCCACCUCCUCACCUGGUCGGCACUCAUUGGCCUGGACGCCCUACUCUACUGGAUCAUCCAGACGGUCAACAGGCACAUGAGACAGUUCAGGCCCAUUGAGGUCCCACUGAAGGUAUCUCUGAAUGGGGCCCCAAUGGCCUUCUUCUACUCCAUUGAGAUGUUUAAGAAAGAGUGCCUGCCCCAGCCCACCUUCCUCCUCUCUGAGUGGUUGGCUCCGCUGUCAGUCAUCCUGGUUGUCCUGGCAAUCAUGGGCCUGCUCUCCCCCAAGUUCCUCCAAGCCAAGAUGCUGCUGAUCGAGAAAUUCUAUGACGACUGCUCAGCAGACAGGGUCCAACACCUGCAUGCUAAGAUCGUACGCAAGAGGUCCAAAAAGAAACUGAGAGCCCUCAAAAGUACCCUUGUGAGCUAUGCAACGAAUGUGAAAUUCUGGUUUCCCAUAUUUUUCCCAAAUAAAACAGUCGACGGUCUUCAACUUCAUGAGAAUCCAAGACUGUAGCCAUGAAAUCAACAUUUGGGGGAACAAAUGUGCAUGGGGUGUGAAAUCAGUUUCUGUGAUCCUAUUAUAUGCACAAAUGCAUGGGGCGAUAUGUUUAUAUGUUUUCUUUUAAACAAAAAUGUUUAUUAAUAAUAAUGUUUUUCUUCUUUUCUCGUGUGCCAUUAUGUCU